GGGCGCAAGCGCAUCACUGGCCGUCAUCGCGAUAAACGAGUUUUUUGCGUUGAUGUCGUUGAUGGUGUAUUAUAUUUUCUCCGUAUCCAAACAUUUUGUACUUACGUUGAAACAAGUGGGUGUCCAAUGACGGUGUAUUUCCAGUGAGCUGUGUACAUUUCUUGCCGGAAUUCGGUUUUUUCUUCGAGAAAUCACACUUAAUUGUGCAUGUGCGUACGAGCAAAUCGUUUGUUUUCAACCGUAAACUAUAAAUUCGAUUAAAUAUUUAUACCCAUCGUUAUCAGACGUAUUGGUAGCCGUUGACUUGUGCCACAUUUUGAACGUUCACUUAAAUAUUUGAAAAAUGGAAGAAAAUAACGAUUUAAUCGAAAUCGGUCAACCUGUGCCUAUUGUGUUGGCCGAAGAAAAUCAUCAGUUUGUAUUAGACGAAGAAGCACUUGAAAAAAUUCUUCUCAAAGACGAUAUCAAAGAUAGAAACGUUGUAGUUGUUUCUGUGGCUGGUGCUUUCCGUAAAGGAAAAUCAUUUCUACUCGACUUUUUCCUGAGAUACAUGAAAGCAACAUAUCACGCGAAUCUUAUUAAGGAAGACAGUCAUUGGAUGGGCUCGGACGAUCUACCAUUACAAGGAUUUUCAUGGCGUGGUGGAUCUGAAAGAGAUACUACUGGAAUCCUGAUGUGGUCAGAGGUAUUCAAAGCCACUUUAGACAAUGGAGAAAAAGUAGCUAUUAUACUACUUGAUACCCAAGGUACAUUUGAUAGUGAAAGCACGGUUAAAGAUUGCGCAACGGUGUUUGCUUUGAGUACUAUGCUCAGUUCUAUACAAAUUUAUAACUUGUCACAGAAUAUACAGGAAGACGAUCUACAACAUUUACAACUAUUCACGGAGUAUGGACGUUUGGCACUCGAAGACACUGGUAAGAAACCAUUCCAAAAGUUACAGUUCCUGGUUAGGGACUGGAGUUUCCCAUACGAAGCCGAUUAUGGAUCAGAGGGUGGACAAAAGAUGUUGCAAAGAAGAUUGCUAAUAUCUGAUAAACAACAUCCCGAACUUCAAUCUCUUAGAAAACACAUUAAGUCGUGUUUUUCAGAAAUAAGUUGUUACUUGAUGCCUCAUCCUGGAUUAAAAGUGGCGACACAUCCUAAGUUUGAUGGCAGACUUUCUGAAAUUGAAAAUGAGUUUAAAUUAAACCUACAGACACUCGUGCCCAUGUUAUUGAAACCUAAUAACUUGAUACUCAAAGAGAUUAGUGGACAGAAAGUAAAAGCCAAAGAGUUAGUACAGUAUUUCAAGUCGUAUAUUAAUCUGUUUACUGGAGAUGAAUUACCCGAACCCAAAUCCAUGCUUGUUGCUACUGCAGAAGCAAACAACUUAUCCGCAGUAGCAUCAGCUCGAGAAAUGUAUCAUCAAAUGAUGGAAAAUGUGUGUGGUGGCAACAAACCUUACAUGAAUACCAAUUCUCUCGAUGAAGAACACUUCAAAAGCAAAGAUAUGGCUUUGGAACAGUUUAUGAUUAAAAGAAAAAUGGGCGGUGAUGAGUUUUCAGAAUCGUACAAAACUAAAUUGGAAACUGAUAUUGAUGAAGAAUACAUGCAGUUCAAGUCUCACAACGAAAGCAAAAAUAUAUUUAAAUCCGCUCGUACACCGGCUGUGUUCUUUGCAAUUGCUGUUGCCUGUUACUUCAUAUCUGGACUAUUCAACUUCUUUGGAGUAAAUUCAGUCGCCAGCUGUGUCAACCUGAUUAUGGGCCUUGCCUUGCUUAUUCUUGUGUUAUGGGCUUACAUUAGAUACUGUGGUGAACACAGAGAAGUUGGCGAAGCUAUCGACGAAGUAGCCAAUGUUACUUGGGAUAAUUUUAUGAAACCGAGUUACGAGAUUUUCCUGAAAAAAGGAAUCGAACAAGCGACUAAUCAGGCAAUGAACAUGGCAGUGAAGAACUCGACGUCGAUAGCAUCGAAUCCGUCAACGCCGUUUGUACGGAGGCCAACAAUGCAAAGAAUGAACUCGCGUGACGUAAACGGCAGGUCAAAACUGUCAUGAUACAAGUAUUUUUCAUGACUCCGCUCGUCGAUUGAUCGUCUCGUAUCAUUCAAACAUGGCGGGGAUAAUUCAUGUGUAAUUUCUGUGAUCGCAUUUUUUUCUCUUUAUUGUUAUAUUUAUAUAGAACUUUUAUGAUACGCAUAAAAUUUAAAUGUUAAUUCGUAUUAAUACCAUUUAUCAUGUUGAAUUUGUAUGUUUUUAAUUUUAUUUUACUUUUAAUUAAUUUCUCGUCUAGCAUCGAUGAUAUAGAUUUUAAAAUGUUUGAACAUUUUAAGCAAUUAAAUCGGUUGCAAACUUUCGCAAAUCUAAUGAAUAAAAAGUUUUUGGUUUCUUUUAAUUAUACUCGAUUACGAAAUAAUAAUUUUUUUUUUUUUUUACAUUAUUACAAACUAGUAUUUUUUUCCCCUUUUCACUAGAUACUAACAAGUUGAAGGUGUUAUCAAUAUAUUAUUGUAUAAUUGAAAUGUACGUAGAUUUGUAUAACGUGUUGUGUAAACAAAAAAAAAUGUAGUCAUUAUUAUUGCUCAAUAUACCCAAAAACCCAAACAAUUAUGUGUGUGUGUGUUAAAGCCGAUACAAUACUUUGGUUUUAAUGUUUAUUUUAGUAAGUAAAUGGUUCAUAGGUUGUUGGUCGUUAAACUAAACGUCAAUCAUUUUGUUACUAAUUUAUUUGUAUUCUUUUACUCCCCUCCAUUCUCAUCUAGAUAAUACGUUUUUUAAUUUAUUAAAGUACUUUAUAUCUAAAUAACUUGUUAUACUUGGCGACGGUUUAUUAAUAAGCAACUAACCUUGUUAAUUAUUAAGUUUUACAACCAUGAUUAUGUCGGCCAUCUAUAUAUUAAUACAAAACAUUAAUUGUAUAAAGUGCCAUGAAAAUUGCUAAACGAGCCCCGGGGGCCAGUUAUUUCCUAAAAAUAAAUGGUUUAUUUUUUUACUACCAUAUUUUUAUUAUUAUUUUAGGUAUUAUGUAUAAAUAUAAGAAGGGUUGUUUUAAUUUUUAGUAUAGUAUAGGCAUAAUCAAAAAAAAAAAAAUACAUUAUUGUACCUGUGUAAAAUUACUUAUUUUAUCUAAAAUGAUUAUGUAACGUGAUAAUUGUAAGUUCU